AUGGUUACGGCGUCAGGUGAGUUGAGGCGCGUGUUCGCGUCCUUCGAUCAGGACGGCGACGGCAAGAUCUCCGCCGCGGAGCUGCGGCUCUGCAUGAAGGCGGCGACCGGCGAGGACAUGCCGGCCGAGGAGGUGAGGGCGGUGAUGGCGUCGGCGGACGUGGACGGCGACGGGCUGCUGGACGAGGAGGAGUUCGUGAGGCUGGCGGGGAAUGUGGUGGAGGCCGAGGAUGACAGGUGCAGGUGGCUCAGGGAGGCGUUCGGGAUGUACGAGAUGGAGGGCAGCGGGUGCAUCACGGCGCUGAGCCUGAAGGUGAUGCUGGCCAAGCUGGGCGCGCACCGGGACAUCGCCGAGUGCCAGGUGAUGAUCUGCAGGUUCGACCUUGAUGGGGAUGGCGUGCUCAGCUUCGACGAGUUCAAGACCAUGAUGAUGAGCUGA